AAGGUUACAUUAUCUUGAACUUACGUGCUAUGUUGUGUUCUAUGACAUUGUUUUAUCUGACUGGAUGUGUUCUAAGUGGCUAUGGAAGUUUGUAUACAGAAUCAAUUGGUUUAUCAUAAACACUGUCAUUCAUUCAAAUUAUAGACUAAUGUACAUGCAAGAAACGGUUUAAAAAAAAGUUCUUAAAGACAGCAAUGGAUUAUGUGUGUUUUCUGUUACUACUUUCUGUGAUAGUACUGACUGCUAGGUCAGCAACAGUCUACAGAGAACCUAAUGAACAGACUCUCGAUUCCACAAAUAAAGGAGGUACACUUAACAACGGAACGAUUUAUGUCAGUAAACCAAUCACAUUCAAAUCCGCAGUAGCCGUUGGUCAGAAACUGUUUCACACAGCUUACGUUCUGUCUAAUGGAGUUAUAUACUUUAACGACGACAAUGACGUCAACUUACCGGGAAGUCCAGAUCUUAAUUUAGCUCACUCAUUAAAUCAACAUAUUUUAGCUUCAUUUUGGGCAGAUAUUCUACCUGGUAAAGGUAGAGUUUCAUAUUCCUUGUAUGAACAUAGUUGCCCAAAUGUAGCACAACUCAACACAGACAGUGUAUAUAACAGAGCUAGAGACGAGGUGAAGCUGUACUAUGGCUUGACUGACUUUGAUGUUGACUCAGUACUAGUGGCCACGUGGCAUCAAGUCGAACCAUUUUCUAAUUUCUCUCAUGACGGGAAAGAGGAACAAAAUACAUUUCAAACUGUUUUUAUCAGUGGAUGGAAUAAAAACUCUGCUGGAAGAAUAGCAGAUGAGAAGAGCUCCUAUGUGAUUUUCAUUUAUCAAGAAAAUCUGAUGACUUGGAGUUAUGUUCCUGGUCGAGUUGUAAACAUUGGAAUAGCAGUAAAUGAUGUGAUUGAUCUCGAAAACACCGACACACCGUAUGUCUCCAAGUUAGCACAAGAGAAGGGAAACAAAGGUCUAGCUGGCGUUUCAUCAUUUCUUGUGGGCCAAGUCAACAAUCAAGAAGAAAAGUGCCAAAGAUUUCUUUGUAAAAGUAAAAACCUCCUUUUCAAUGACCGAUACAGAAACGAGACCCAACAGCUAUUCCAGUGUCCUUGCACUUUAGAUAGAAUGGGGUUUCACUGGGAACCUUACCAGAAGCGAGGACUUCAACCAGAUAUUCGUUGUUUCAUCAUUAGCCAAGUCGCAAAGACAAAACUGUUGAAAGGAAAUCCACGAAACAAAUUAUGCUGUUACAAAAUCCCAAGUGAAAGCCCACAGGGACAGAAAGAUGCUGCCUACAUCCGAAGUCGACCUGACACUGGUCAUGUGCUGCUAGGAGAUCCUAUGACAGACUCAAACGCAGCAGACAGCAUUGUGGGACAUGACACCUGCUGUGAAAACACACCUAAACAUAUGUGUGAUGAGUUUUAUGAAAUUUUCCCAGACAGUGAGUGUACAAAUCACAUGAACUUCGCCAAUGCCUAUGGCUUCGGAGAUCCACAUAUCAUUACUUUCGAUGGCUGGACGUAUACCAUGUAUGGUUGGGGAGAGUUUGUUUUGAUGUACAAUUUCAGAGGGGACUUUACGUUACAGGGGAGAACAGAAAGAGGACAAUUAAUAAAUGGAAGUCUAGCUAAAGCCACUGUGUUUACGGCUUUCGCUGCUAAAGAAGAAAGUUACAGUUUUCAAGUAGAACUGGCGUUGGAUAACAAGACGAUGAUCCUAUUGGUCAAUGGGGUUGACCACACAACAGAUUUCUACAGGGAUUCUAACUUUCUUUUUUCUUCUGAGAACCUUCGAGUGUCUCGAGAGAUUGUAGAUAAUCAAGACUUUGUGACUGCAACAUUUUCUUCUGGUGUAUCAAUGACAGCAAAUGUUGGAAAACAAAAUCUAGAACUCAAGGUCCAAGUUGAUGAACAUCUAAAUAGAAGUAUUAUAGGUCUUCUGGGAUAUUAUAAUGGAGAUCCAAGUGACGACCUGAAAUAUCGAGAUAGGAGUAGUGCACAAGCCUAUUUACCACAACCACAUAAGUAUUCAAUAAUGAAAGAAUGGGCUGUGAGAUCUACAGAGACGGUAUUUCAGUAUCACAAUAAUGAUAACUUUUACAAACAUAAUCACUCUACUUUCAUACCUUUAUACACCAAUGAAAUCAGCACUAGUCAACUUGACAUGUCUUUCUGUCAAAAUGACACACUUUGCCAAUACGACUACUUUGUGACACGUGACAGUGUCAUGGCUGAAAAGACGAAACAAUUUAUCAUCUAUUACAAAGAUCAAAGCAAACGUCUAGCCAAUCAGCCCCCUAGCUUACAAAUCUCAGGUUUGGACGCUAAUAAAAUGUGGGUGGUCAAUCAAGGUCAAAGUUCAUCACUAAAUGUCCAUAUCUCUGAUGAAGAUCCUCAAAAUGUUAAGCUUGAGUUAGUUGGAGUCUCUGCAGGAACAAACGUUAGAAUUUCAGGAACUACAAUUGAGUACACGCCAGACUCAAAUGAACCAAUAGUACUUGGCCUAAGAGCAGUGGAUAAGGAAGGUGCUUCUAGUGCCAUAACCUAUGUAAAUAUUGGAGUCUGUUCUGGUUGCAACAAUCAUGGCCGAUGUAGUAACCAAACGAAAGAUCUGGAGUAUGUAAACGGUUACUUUUGGAAAUUAAAAUGUAUAUGUGAUCAACCAUAUAAAGAUAUAAAUUGCGAACGAACUCAGAGUGUUUGUGAUAUUCAUCCUUGCUCUAUCGGACAGCAAUGCACCGAAAAUAAUCCUCAACAUUCAGGGGACUACAGUUGCGGCCCCUGUCCCAGUGAAUAUGCGUAUAAAGCUGGAAAGUGUGUAGAUAUUGAUGAAUGUCUAACGAUACAAAAAGCGUGUGGUCAAUUUUCCUGUGUAAAUACAAUGGGAUCCUAUACUUGCAACUGUACACUUGGUUUCAGAUUUGACCAGGCCACUAAGAAGUGCAUAGAUAAUAAUGAAUGUGACUUCAAACCCUCAUUAUGUCAACAGACAUGUAAUAAUACAGAGGGUAGCUACCAGUGUGGUUGUCUACCAGGCUACAUUCUUCAGCAUGACAAAGCUGCUUGUACUUUGGAACAGAAGUAUGUAACUCAGUGUCAAUGUGAACAAAUCUGUAAUAUAACUGGUCCAAGCACUACAUGUGGUUGUAAGGAUGGCUAUAUAGUGGACAGCACUGACACACAUAAAUGCAAAGAUAUCGAUGAAUGUUCAAUCAAAACUCACAAGUGUAGUCAGCUAUGUACUAACCAAGUUGGCUACUAUACAUGUUCUUGUAAUGUUGGUUACAAACUAAGUGCAGAUAAUCUAACAUGUGAAGCAUGUUCAUCUCCAUUUUAUGGGAAAGAUUGCGCUCAGAAAUGUGAAUGCAAUGGACAUGGAUCUUGUAAUUCAGUCUCUGGAUGUGUCUGUAAUGAGCACUGGUCUGGACUCCACUGUACACAAGAUGUAGAUGAGUGUUUGAAAUCUAAUGCAUGUCCAAUCGGACAGUUGUGUAACAAUACCAUCGGGUCAUAUGUGUGUUCUUGUCCAGUUGGUUUUAUGAUGAAAGAUGGACACUGUAUUGACUGUCCAGACAACUAUUACGGCCAGUCAUGCGCUCACAGAUGUAGCUGUUUAAGUCACCAGAAAUGUGACAAACUUACCGGUGCCUGCUCGUGUAAGGACGGCUGGACCAACACGGACUGCAAUAAGGACGUUGAUGAAUGUACUUCCGGAACUCACAACUGCACCACGUCUGCUCAUGAACUGUGUGUCAACACUCAGGGCGGAUACCUCUGUACCUGUCAUGUAGGAUUUGGUUUGACUGACCUUUCUGGAAAGAAAAUUUGUAAAGAAUGUUCAGAAGGAUUCUUUGGACAAAACUGUAGCAGCAAAUGUAAUUGUAUAACUUCUAAAACAAACUAUUGUGAGAAGACCAAUGGGACGUGUGUCUGUAGACCUGGCUGGACCGGAUCGAAUUGUGACCUAGAUAUUGAUGAGUGCUCUAGAAACACUUCCAAUUGUUCCAUUGGCAAUAAUGAAGUAUGUGUGAACACAGCAGGUUCAUUUAACUGCGCCUGCCAAUCAGGUUUUCAACUUGACACAGACGGAAAAACGUGCAAAGAUAUAGAUUUCUGCGCUGGAAAUGCAUGUACCUGGCGCUGUCAAGAAAUUAAUAUGAAUACAAGUUCAGAAUGUAUAUGUGAUAUAGGUUACAAUGUAGAUACUGAUGGAUUUACUUGUAAAGAUUGUGUUGACGGUCUGUUUGGUGAGAAAUGUUGGCAAGUGUGUGCAUGCAAUCAAGGUAACACACGAGAAUGUAUCAAGACCAAUGGGACGUGUGUCUGUAAGCCUGGCUGGACUGGAACGACCUGUGUCCAGGAUAUUGAUGAGUGCAGUGAUAGUAAAUUCAACUGUUCCUCUGACCACUAUGUGUGUCUGAACACACCAGGAUCAUUUAGAUGUUCCUGUCAGCAAGGUUUUAAGUUAGAUACAGAUGGGAAAACUUGUAUAGAAUGCCCAGAAGGUCAAUUUGGUCUGAAUUGUCAGCAUCAGUGCUCAUGUCAAAAAUCUAACACACAAUACUGUAAUAAAACCUCUGGGGCAUGUGUCUGUCUACCUGGUUGGAUGGGGACAGAUUGUGACGUUGACAUCAAUGAAUGCAACAACGUUCAGAUGAACAACUGUUCCACUGACAGGCAUCAAGAAUGUGUCAACACACCUGGCUCAUUUACCUGCCAGUGUCAACAAGGUCUUGAACUAGAUACAGACGGUAGAACUUGCAUUGAUAUUGAUCAUUGCGCUAAAGCUAACUGUAGCUGGCAAUGUGUAGAAGUCAAAGCCAACACAAGUUUCCAAUGUCUGUGUGACGUAGGGCAUUCUUUACAAAGUGAUGGAGUUACUUGUGCAGAAUGCUCAAAAGGACAAAAUUGCAAUCAAACUUGUGAUUGUGAGUUUAGAAACAUUGACGGGUGUGUCUCUCAGACCUGUAACUGCUCGUCUGGUUGGACUGGCCAAAAAUGUGACAAGGACAUAAACGAGUGUGUUGAUUCCAGCUACAACUGUGGUCAAUCUCAGCAUAAAGUUUGUACCAAUACACCUGGGAGCUUCCAGUGCUCCUGUCAAGCAGGUUAUAGUAUGGUCAACGAUGUCUGUACAGAUGUCGAUGAAUGUUCAACUAAAAGUCACAAGUGUAGUCAGCAAUGUACAAACCACGUGGGCUACUAUACUUGUUCUUGUAAUGUGGGUUACAAACUAAAAGCAGAUAAUAUGACAUGUGAAGCUUGUUCAUCUCCAUUUUAUGGGAAAGAUUGCGCUCAGAAAUGUGAAUGUAAUGGACAUGGAUCUUGUAGUUCAGUCUCUGGGUGUGUCUGUAAUGAGCACUGGUCUGGCCUCAACUGUACACAAGAUGUAAAUGAGUGUUUGAAAUCUAAUGCAUGUCCAAGCGGACAAUUGUGUAACAAUACCAUUGGGUCAUAUGUGUGUUCUUGUCCUGUCGGCUUUACUUUGAAGUCUGGAGACUGUAUAGAUCAGAAGUACAUGCCUGAAUGUCAACAGUGCGAACAGACGUGUAAAGUGAAUAAUUCCAUCGUUCUAUGUGGUUGCACAGAUAACUAUACAGUGGACAACACUGACCCACACAAAUGCAAAGAUAUCGAUGAAUGUUUGACUAAGAGUCACAACUGCAGUCAGCUAUGUACUAACCAAGUUGGCUACUAUACAUGUUCUUGUAGUGAAGGUUACAAACUAGGUGCAGAUAAUAAAACAUGUGAAGAUAUCGAUGAAUGUUUAACCAAAACCCACAAAUGUAGUCAGCUAUGUACUAACCAAGUUGGCUACUAUACAUGUUCUUGUAGUGAAGGUUACAAACUAGGUGCAGAUAAUAGGACAUGUGAAGAAAUUCCUAGUGUCAUUACAAAAGUGAAUGUAAUCUUAACAUUUCAAUAUGAAGGUGAUUUUGACUUCAAAGAUGAAACUCGAAUCAAAUCUGACAUAAGGUUUCAGGUUUUAACUAAAAUGAAAGCACUCAACUCUGAUGUUGAGGACGUAAAGGUGAUUGCAGUCAGGAAGGGUAGUAUUAUAGCUGACACUGAAAUAACGUUAAAAACAAGAAAUAAUGAUAAGAAGUCAUCGUUGGAUAAUUUGGCCCAAGCCUUGUAUCAGGUUGAGACAUCUGACGAUCCCAUCACGAUAAACAACAUCACUACACGGUUCACUGAAGCCAUGAUUGAGGACAUAAAAGUGACCAAAGAUACAAGUCCUUGUACUAUAAAAACCAACUUUGAUCCUUGCUCAGCAAGUCAGUCCUGUCAAGAGCAAGCUGGUGAAGCCACCUGUGUACCAUUUGCUAAAAAAGACCAUGUCAACUUCAUCAUUGGAAUGACUGUUGGCCUGUUCGGCUUUGUGCUGGUGUCUGCUGUCAUUGCCAUACUUGUCAACUUCCAUGUCAAGAAAAACAAGAAACUUGCCCAGAAACACCAAAGUCAUGACCUGCCAUUGCAGAAAAGGAAAUCGAAACCAGAAGAAAAACGCCCAGACAAGAGUAAGAGAAGCUCUGUUCAACAAGAGAAGCAAAUGGAACGUUCCCGGUCUAGGCAGGGACACAAGAGCACAGAACCAAGACAUGCUACCAGUCCCACAGGCUACAGGCUACAGGAAUAUUCUGUAAUAGCACCAAAACCAACUGGUAUAAAAGAUCUUAGUGCACCAAACAGACAAGAUUCUACGCUAGACAAUUACCCCGCUAAAUCAAAUGAAUACAACAGACUAAACCACAAUAGAACGAAUCAUCGAGACUCAAUGUGGCAAACGAAUGAUGACCGCAGGCCGAGUACCACGAUAUAUCAGCCCUCUGGUGUUCACAAAUACGGGGACUCCAAUGACCGAGCAUACACGACUGACAUGAGGCGGAGCAGUACCAUGAUCACCCAGUCCAAUGCAGCUCAAAAGUACGGGGACUUUAGUGAGCGGGUGCUCACAGAAGAUAUCAGGCGGGGGAGUGUGAUGCGGCCCAGCUCUGCUUAUAGGAACGUUGACGCCAACAACAGCGCUUACGCCUAUGACAGGAGACACAGCAAUGGGAUGAUACUUGAAAGGAAUACCCCUCGACUGGGUCUGGACCACAAUGACAGGGGGUACGCCUCAGAUAAUGGAUUGCAGGCAGGUGCAAACAGGAGAAGCAGGUUAGAAAGUCUAGUCCCGGAGCAGACUGACUGGAAUAAUUUUCAAUUGGCAAAUACUAGAACCGCCGAACCACAGAAUGGGGUGAAUAAAGCAAGCUCCAAUGACCCACAGAGAAGGUACUCAAGAGAUCCAUAUUUGCUUUAUUAAAAAAAAAAUAUCUAGAGUAUUUCUUACUUUACUAUGUAAAUUUGUACUGCUAAAUUUAAACUUGUUACUGCAGUAUGACAAUAUUUGUUGUUGUUUAUUUUGGGUGCCGAUGUCGUAAUAACGUUUACAUAAAAAAAAAAACACUUUCGAAUAGUUCAAUUAACAAGCAUUUGUUUUUUUUUUAAACACUUUAAAAUUGUUUGCUUUUAGCGUGUGAUAACCCUGUCGAUUUAUAUACAAACUAUCUUCUUUAUAACCAGUAUUUAAUACAUCUUAUAAUAUAAUUAUAUGCAAAACUUUAAUGACCGCUUUUAGUUUAUUAUAAAGCUGCGUGAUGACUACAUUUUGUUAAAUACAUUAUAAAGACAUUCCGAUAUAAAUUAUGCUUCUGCAUAUGUCACAGACCCUAAAAAAAAUUACGCUGUUAAACUAUUUAUAAGUGUCUACUUUGUGCUGAAAGGCCUUAUCAAUGAAUGAGUAAUGUUUUAAUGUUUUUAAAUUGCAUCUUCGUACUGAGUAUUUAAACUGUCAUUCACACAUCAUGGAUUAUUUAUAUUUAGAAGAUAGUAGUAAGAUCAAAGUCAGUGUUUGUUUUAACUGGGUGUCAAUGUAAAAUGUUUGUUGUGUAAAAAUGUUUGACAUGUUUCGGAUAUUCCUUCAGAGAUGAAGAUAAGUCCAAACCUCCCGGAGGACCAAAGGGGUGGGGGGAGGGGUUAGAAGCGGGCAGGAUUUGAACUCAGGACCAUAAAUCCGAUCGACAGUACAGCGCGCAAACCGCACGACUACAUCUCUAUCAUAGCGAAUCACGAGACAUCGGAGGUGUAAAUGGUCUUCACGUCUGCCAUGCCAACCUGGUAUCUCGAUGCCGCCCAUUUAACUUGUUUGUUUAAAAACAAAAUAAAAAUGAUAAAAAAAACUGGCGUGUAAUAGUCAUUCAACUAGUCUUUGUAGCAAUUAUAAACUAUUAGUCGACCGGCGGAGUAGCAUACGCCGCUAUUUUGCAAGGCCAACCUUAGGCCACUGCAACCUAUUCGACCUCAGUUGGCCCUGCACUCUUAUAGGACCCGCGUUAAUUUUAGGUGUAUAAUAAAUAAAAAAAAUUUUAUAACUUAUAACAGAUUUCCCACGGCCUCAUGUCGAUUUAACAGGAGGUCCUGGAAAUCUCCUGAAAUUGCAAAAUAUACGAAAAAGUCCUGGAAAUAUCCGGAAAUUAUUAAAAUCUUUUAAAAACACAUACAAAUCUCCUGAAAUAUAUAGGCGAAAUUGUCAUUUAUUUUCGCCUCUUAAAAUACAUAGGAUAACUCCCUCCGUCCGAGUUGCGAAAGAAAAGAGUGAUCUUUCCAUUGUGUCCAAAGUCUUGAGCGUGUUCUGACGCCUCGAUAGUGACUACAGAGUAGAUUACUCCCCCUUUUUUUAACUUGAGGUAGAAAUAAAAAAAAAAAAUAAGAUAUUGCAACGGUCCAGCCCUGCUGUUUUGUGACUACGUGUUCUCUCUCCCCCUCUCUCAUGUUUUCUCGUUGACUAUCCGCAUAGUGAUCUUUCCUUUACUUCUUACUACUCGACAAAACUCGACAGUAAGAAGAGAAUUUUAUAUAGAGAGGGUAGAUCUAAUAGACUUACUGAAACUAAUUUGCUUGAAUUCGUCUCUCUCUCUCUCUCUCUCUCUCUCUCUCUCUCUCUCUCUCUCUCUCUCUCU